AGCGCGAGGGAUGGGACAAGGGCUGCGCAUGCGCGCGCCCGCCCGCCUCACCGGGGCUCACGUGGGCGGCUCAAGAUGGCGGCGUCCGGCGCGACCUUCCGCCGUCUGCUGCCGCUGAGCCGCCCGCUGCUCUCCCGCCUGCCGGCGGCCGCCGCUCGGCCCUACGGCGUGCGGGCCUCCGACACCGGUGAGCUGGUGACGCACACGGGGCAGGUAUAUGAUGAAAAGGAUUACAGAAGAGUUAGAUUUGUUGGACGACAAAAGGAGGUGAACAAGAAUUUUGCAAUUGAUUUGAUAGCAGAGCAGCCUGUGAGUGAAGUUGAAAGCAGAGUGAUAUCAUGCGAUGGUGGUGGUGGAGCUUUGGGACAUCCUAAAGUAUACAUAAACUUGGACAAAGAAACAAAGACCGGAACAUGUGGCUACUGUGGACUUCAGUUUAAACAGAAACAUCACUGAAAGAUCAUCCCUGCGUGCUUGCAGAUUUCUGUUCAGAUGUCAACAUUUAACUAUAAAUAAACAAUCUUUAGAAACCCAA